CAAUAACUCCAUUUAUAAAGAGGGGAGGCCAAGCUAAAGAGAACUUGACCCCCUUGAUUACAAGUUAUCUUCUGUUUAUGGCAAUUGCAGCAACCAUGAGCCAAGAUGAAAACAAAGAUGAUCAUGAGAACGACAUGGUCAUGCCCGGCUUUCGCUUCCACCCUACCGAGGAGGAACUUGUAGAGUUCUACCUUCGCCGUAAGGUAGAGGGCAAGCGUUUCAACGUUGAACUCAUCACUUUCCUAGAUCUUUAUCGUUACGACCCUUGGGAACUUCCUGCCUUGGCAGCAAUUGGAGAGAAGGAAUGGUUCUUCUAUGUGCCUAGAGAUCGGAAGUAUCGCAACGGGGAUAGACCGAAUCGAGUGACUACUUCAGGCUAUUGGAAGGCUACCGGAGCUGACAGAAUGAUCAGAACUGAGAAUUUCCGGUCAAUUGGGUUGAAGAAGACCCUUGUUUUCUACUCUGGAAAAGCUCCAAAAGGCAUCAGAACUAGUUGGAUCAUGAAUGAAUACCGCCUGCCACAGCACGAAACCGAACGAUUACAAAAGGCUGAAAUUUCUCUCUGUCGAGUUUACAAAAGAGCUGGAGUAGAAGACCACCCGACCCUCCCUCGUUCUCUACCAACAAGAGCAUCCUCAUCCAGAGCAACACAAUCAGAUCAUAAGAAACAGCAUGAAGCAACUCAUUGUGCUAUUGAGAAAUUCCAAGCUUUUGCCGGAACACAAUCACAGCAAAUCGACGAAAAAAUGAUUGAAACAAGUGGAAGUAGCAGCACCGACGUUGCGACAGCUCUUGGCCUUUCCAACCAUGGUUCUUACAGUGAAUUAGUCCAAAUGACUGCCACCGCCGCACCACCAGCUCCCAUGGACGAAGAUGGAAUGUUACUACAACAGUCGAGUCAGACUACGAUACCAAAGAGUUAUUUUUCGACUAACAUUUUUACGGGUUCUCCUUUGAUGCAGCAGAAUGGUGUUGAUGAUCUACACAGAUUAAUAAGCUACCAACAUGCUUCAAUCAAUCAUCAGCAGCAGUAUCAUAAUCAUCCGAUUCAAACCCAGCUUUCUCAGUUCUCUACUUUGCUGCCACAACCACAGUCACUUUCUGGCAAUAUGCUUCCGGGCUCAAAUCAGACAACUUUCUCUGAUAAACUGUGGGAUUGGAGUUCAAUCACUGAGGCAAGCAAAGACUACAAUUGUCCUUUCAAGUAAUUGAUGAACUUCACAUAUAAAUAGAAACAUUUAUAUAUGUCUACUGCUGAUUUAUUGACUAUUUCUCGUAAUUUAUUAGCUUUCAUGGGUGACUAAUGUGGGUUAGAAUAAUCUGCAGACUUACUAGGUUCUUAAGAUUUAAUGGAAUGUUGUAGGUUGAUGAUGUAACAACUUUUGCUUUCAAAUGCUAAAGUUUGUGUUUUGGCGUUUGUCGGUCUUGCAGAAAAGAUAGUUUUCUUAGGAUUUCAAGUCUAUAUGCUUUAUUUGUGAAGUUGGUUUCAAUAUCAAAGUUUUUAGGCUGUCAAGAGCUCAAACGAAAAGAAAAGGAUGGCUAUGAUUAGGAAUGUAAAUCAAAUGGCUGUUUUUCUGGAAGUGAUAGAUCGAUC